AUGACGCCCUACGCUCGGGGUGCAAAACCUCUUCUCAUAAAUCGACGCCAAUUACCGAGCACUGCCAGCUGGACCCUGUCAAAACCAAGUUCAUUCUCCAAGCUACCGCGAGUCGCCUGGAACUUCCACCGCCAAUCACUAAAUAACAGCACGCGACAAGCAUGGACCAAUAAUAUAAAGAAACAGUUCCCUUCUCUCGUAUUGCCACCAAUAUGGCCACCCGAGAAAUCUAAACGAGAUCCAGUCCCGGCCUCCGAUCAUGAUAAUAAUGAAGCCGAUCUUAUCGCGAGGCAUAUGCUCAGCGACGGCUUCCAGUCAUGGGGCCUUGUCGUCUACAGAUGUACCUACAAGAGCGACUCCGACUGGGAAGAGUUCAUGCGUCGCUUUCUCUACCAUGUAAACCAUACACUUGAAUAUGCAGAUGGUCUUGACCUACUUGAUUAUUUCAAGCCUACUGUGAUGGACGACAAAACACGAUUCGAUGGCGUGAGUCCAGCUAUUGUGCGUGAUUAUUUCAACCAGUGGGCGCAUAGUGCAUGUGAGACCGAGCAAGGCAUUCCAUUUAAUCGUGCUUCGCAGGGGAUGUCAGCCCGUUACAGACUCUGUAUAAUGGUUGAUGAGGAAGCGUUGCUGUCUGUUCUGAGCAUUCCACCUGAGGAGGUAGAAGAUGGCGCCUUUGUGAUCCUGAUUGAAGGCCGAUGGAAACCGAGGUUUCUGACUGAAGAGGAAUUAGAGGGCUGUGGUAGUCCCCCGCCAGAGAAUAAUUUUGAGCCGGUAGAGGGGUGCACGCUGGAAGAAGUGGGCUGGAUGAAGGUUGACUAUAAACGGGCUCAGAUAGGGCCCUCUGCACAUAUUACCAGCGACGGCGCAUGGGCAGACUUGUAUGUUCGUCCUCCUGAGAUGACCUUCCCGUUCUGA